AUGAUUGCUGUCAAUUUCAUGAACUCUCUUGAUCAUCAAUGGCAUAUCAUUAAUUUGAUUACUCUUUUCACCACCUGUAGUUUCUUGUUUCUUGUACUCACACCUGAAACUGUAGGUUCCUUGAUCUUCAACUUUAGCAGCUUUGAUUCAAAUCAUCCAGAAAUUGUGACGGAUGGACACGCAAGCGUGGUGGUUGGCACGGUUCAACUCACCUUGAACUUGCGCGACAGGGGACAAGAAGGGAGUUCUGGUCGUGCAACUUACAAGGAAUCAUUUCAUCUUUGGGACAAGAUAUCCGGAAAUCUCUCAAGCUUCAAUACCCAUUUCACCUUUGUUAUCAACUCACAAGAGAAUUCUAUUUAUGGAGAUGGUCUAACAUUUUUUCUUGCACCAUGCAACUUCUGGUGUCCUUCUGAUUUUGCUGUUGGUGGCGGCCUUGGUUUGUCUUCAGUAGCCGGUAACCCUUUCCUCAAAGGGCUUUUUCCCUUUGUUGCAGUUGAGUUUGAUACUUAUUCAAAUGAUUGGGAUCCACCAUAUGAUCACGUAGGCAUCAAUGUUAACUCUUUUACCUCUGUCAAAAAUGUGCCUUGGAUCAGCAGUAUUCCGGAUGGAACCAGUACAGAAGUAUGGAUCACAUAUGAUUCAAUCAAGAAAAAUCUAAGUGUUGAGUUUGCUUAUGUUGAUAAGAAAAGCCAGAAACACAGUGUGGGGAGAAUCUCUUAUGAAGUUGAUGUGAGGGAAAUCUUGCCUGAAUGGGUUACUAUUGGCUUCUCUGCUAGCACUGGAAUUGCAUUUGAAAUAAAUACCAUUUGUUCAUGGAGUUUCAAUUCACGUUCACAUAUUCUAGAUUCUAGAUUGAAUGAAUCUGAUCCAUUAAGAGAGGUGCGGAGUCCAUUUUCCGGUUCUAAUCCAGAACCAGAAGAAAGGGAACGGACUGGGAUAACAUUGGUGGCAUGGUUUGGUAUUGGAUUUUGUUUUUUAAUUGUUUGCAUGAUUUUCCUUCACAUCCGUUUGAGGACAAAGAAGAUGAGACAAGAUGAAAAUUUCAAUGGUUUUGUAUUCCAAGUCUCUUUUGGUGAUGAAUUUCAAAAUGGUUUAGUACCUAAGAAAUUUUCUUUUAUUGAAUUGACUGAGGCAACCAAAUACUUUGCAGAAGAUGAGAAGCUCGGAGAGGGAGGGUUCGGAGCAGUUUAUAGAGGCUUUUCAAAAGACUUGAAUUCUUAUGUUGCUGUGAAGAGGAUAUCAAGUGCAUCUAAACAAGGAACCAAAGAAUACGCAUCGGAAGUGAAGAUCAUUAGCCGAUUAAGGCACAAAAAUCUGGUGAAGCUCCUCGGCUGGUGCCAUCAAAAGGACCUUUUGCUGGUUUAUGAGUUUAUGCCUCAAGGAAGCCUAGACACUCAUCUUUUCAAAGGUAAAAGCUUGUUGACAUGGGUUUUGAGAUUCAAAAUUGUUCAAGGCUUGGCCUUGGCAUUGUUUUACCUACACGAAGAAGGCGAUUUAUGCGUGCUUCAUAGAGACAUUAAAUCAAGCAACAUUAUGUUGGAUUCUGAUUUCAAUGCAAAGCUUGGAGAUUUCGGGCUAGCCAGGCUUGUUGACCACGCAAAAGGGUGUCAAACCACAAUGCCGGCAGGGACCAUGGGUUACAUGGCCCCUGAAUAUAUAAUGUCAGGCAAGGCUAGUAAAGCAACAGAUGUAUAUAGUUUCGGAGUCGUUGCUCUGGAAAUAGCUUCUGGUAGAAAGGCCGCUGAUGCUAGGAACGCCGAAGAAAUAAGACUAGUAGAAUGGGUUUGGGAGUUGCAUGGAACUGGGAAUGUACUUGAAGCAGCAGACCCAAAAUUGUGCAGAGAGUUUGAUGAGGAGCAAGUGAAGAGGUUGAUCCUUGUCGGUCUAUGGUGCGUACAUCCAAACCAUACAUUCCGGCCUUCAACACGGCAAGUGAUUAAUGUUCUUAAUUUUGAAGCUCCAUUGCCUACACUUCCAUCACAAAUGCCAGUUCUAGCAUAUGUAACUCCUUCACAGGAAAUGGAUGAAAUGCUGGGUUUCUUGUAUUCUGGUGAUCAUGAUCAUCAUGCCACUCAUGACAAUGGAGUAGUUGCCCAAACCCAGAAUUUAAAUCAAGAGAAUACACCACUAUAUCCUCAUAGUUUUAUGUAA